AAGUUAUGUGAAACAAAAUACAGGCCUUACAAUUUACUUGUGGAAUAAAACACAUGAUGUCUGGUUAUUGCCCUGAAUGUUAUGUGAUUAAUAGAGCAGUAAAUACCUGCAAUACUGCAUAUUUGUACAAGACAAUGUAUACACAUCGUGCAUCUAAUAGCCAAUCAGAAACUCUGAACAUUUUAUUUUAUUGGCAAGCCGCAAAUAAAAUUAUGGCCUUUUGACAUCAACAGGAAAUACAGUAGUUCUUUAGCUGUUGGUUAUCAAAAAUGUAAUGCUUUUAAUAAAUGUACUACAUGGUGAUCACCAACAAUUAUCUUUUGUGAUGUUAAUUUUGGUAUGGUUAUUAAUCAGAGCAUUUUUAACUGGAAAUCAUUAUUACUUUUAAGCUUAAAACAAGUUUCAGUAUAUACCAAGUUGUCGUUGAUGGAUAAAAUAUUAACUGUGACAUAGUUCAGACUGAGUACUGAGAUGAAUAUUAAUGGUAUGGAUGUGAAGGACAAGGAAACUCUCCGUCGCUGUAGGGUUAAUUUUUGUGAGGAUCUGACAAUAGAGGAACUCGUUAACCCCCUGAUCCAGGUUGGUUUGUUCACCCCAAAUGAGCUUCAAACUAUAAAACGUCGUUCAAUUGGAGAUGCGACAGAUCACCCUAUGACAUUUUUAUUAGAUGGACUAGAACAGAAAGGACCAAAUGCAUUCUGCCUUUUUAAAGAUGCACUGGGCAUGGUAAAUAAGCCACACCUUUUGGAGAUACUCAACAAGAAUGAUGAAGGAAAAGGAAGAAUUGUUAAAGUAGCUGAUCCUGACCUAAACAUAGAAAAGGUUAUCACGAAAAAGAAACAAGAUCUCAAAGACUUUCUAAAUGAUUCCUGCCAUCCCCUACCUGAUGGUAGUUUCAAGAUCACCAAGGAAGACAAAGACCUGCUCCUACAAGAGCUAGUGAACUUGGAUCAGUGUAACAAAGCUGUUGCAACAGACUGCCGGGCAAGAGAAUGUAUAUGUACAGAAGAGACAGUGUUGUGCUCAAGAAGCUCAGUUUUGAAAGCCCAAAAUGAAUGUUUACAGAAGCAACUUUAUGAAGUCAAACUAGAAUGUCGGGAAAAAAUUAAAAAUGCUAAAAAAAGUAUUCUAGAAUUACUGAAGCCUUCAGAAGAUCAGGAUGAUGAUAACAAACCAAUAAGUGUUGAUCUUCAAGCUGAAAUAAGUAAACUAGUACUAGAUAUAGAUUUAGACGAAUCCUUUGCUUAAAUGGGCCCAUAACUGACAAAAUUUCAUCCAAAAAAAAAUUUGUCAGAAACAAAUGCAUGCAUUACUUUAAAUUUUUAUAAACCAUAAAAAAAUAUUGGCAUAAAUUUUAUCCAGCAAAAUAAACAUUACGCUAAUUGUUUUGUGGGACCUUACCUAUAACAUUCAAGGGGUAAGACUUAGUGGAAGGUCCAUAUAAAGCCAACCAUUAAUUUGUUAUUAAAGUACAGGGUGACACUGUAUCUGAAAAAUUUCAACUGGGCUUUACUGGUUAUUCAAGUCAUACCCUGAGUAUGUAAAGUUUGGCAUAAAGUAUGGGGUGGUCUUAUUAAAAGUUUUCAUUGUUUGUAAUAAUCCAUUCUAUUUCGUGCCUGUUAGUUUUACAUUAAUCGUUCAAAUCCAAAUUCAUUAUUAAUCGGACAUGUAACAAUAAAUCAACUUUAAGAUCUUCCUUACAUUAAGAUUUACUAUUAGGAAUUAUUAUGGGCUAAUCCCUGGGACCGUAGUUUAGCACCAUCAUGAGGUGAAUUCAGCAGGGAAAAGGUGCCCUUCUCUCUUUGAAAUUAUACUGACAUACUAAGAUUUUUAAAGCUCACAUGAGCAAUAUUGUACAAAAGAAUGAACUUUUUCCCAAAUGAUGGUGAAUGUCCAUCAUAGAGCAUGGAGGAAUUAAAUAGUUUAUUCCUCCAUGCAUAUUUAAAGGUAUAAUGGACAUCAACUAGGUCAUACAUAUCUCUAUGGGUCAGCAAACACACAGUAGUUUCAUUGAAGAAUUGUUAAAUAAUUAUUUUUUAUAUUUAUGUUUACUAAAAUUUAAACGAAUAUGAUUUGCCACCCGUACAAUAAUGCUUGCAAUCAAGCCCUAUAUAUUUAAGCAGAUGUUAAAAUGCUAAUAUAGGCCUACCUGAAUUAAAUUAUAUUUACAAGAAAUCUCAAGAUUGUUAUACAACAAUAAAACAAUUUUAUCUUUAAUCUUUCUUUCCCCUUAUAUUUUUUAUGAUAUUUUAUCGUAUUGUUAUUGACCAGGGGUUUAGAGAUGAUUACUUGUUGUGUUGGGCUUUAGUCCAUGUCAUCUUUAGUCACGCCCCUGGUCAUUAUAUAUUUAUAUCGUGACAAAUUUUUUAAAAACAAAUGAACAAUGCUGUGAAGGACAGACCAACUUUUUUUAGUCAUAUUGUUAUGUUAAGCUGUCCACACUAUGAUAUUUUAGGUGACAAAUGAAAUAAGCCCAUAAUUAAGUAUAAUAUGGAAUUAUGGAACGAAAUUACAGAUGAAAUCAAUAGCGGCAAUAAUUUACUUUUAUUCAGAAAAACUUAAAUAAAAGAAUAUCUUUCAAAUUAUGCAGAUAUAAUUUAAAUCACAUGUUCUACCAUGGAGGUAUUAUUGAGA